UAAUACUAAGGGACAAUUGUAUAAAUGCUUUUUUGUAUAUGGACUAACAACACUUUGCACAGAUAAAGGAGCCUCUUCCUGUCCUCCUACAUACUGACUCUUCUUUCUCUCCUCCAGGAAGUGUGGCUGCCAUGCUAGGGGUAAACCACACUUUCAUGCCUCAGUUUAUCCUCAUUGGGUUCUCUGCCUUCCCCCACCUUCAGCUGAUGUUCUUCCUGCUGUUCCUGCUGAUGUACCUGUUCACCCUGCUGGGAAACCUGCUCAUCAUGACCACCAUCUGGAGCGAGCGCAGCCUCCACACACCCAUGUACCUCUUCCUGUGUGCCCUCUCCAUCUCUGAGAUCCUCUACACCUUCGUCAUCAUCCCACGCAUGCUGGCUGACCUGCUCUCCACCCACCACUCCAUCACCUUUGUUGCAUGUGGCAACCAAAUGUUCUUCUCAUUCACAUUUGGCUUCACCCACUCCUUCCUGCUCACUGUCAUGGGCUAUGACCGCUAUGUGGCCAUCUGUCACCCCCUGCGCUACAAUGUGCUCAUGAGCCCCCAUGGCUGUGCCUGCCUGGUGGCCUGGUCCUGGAUUGGUGGAUCAGUCAUGGGGAUGGUGGUGACAACAGCAGUUUUCCAGCUCACCUUCUGUGGUCCCAAUGAGAUCCGCCAUUUUUUUUGCCAUGUGCCACCCCUGUUAAAGUUGGCCUGUGGAGAGAAUGUACCAGUGGUGGCCAAGUGUGUGGGCUUGGUGUGUAUCACAGUCCUACUGGGCUGCUGUCUCCUCAUCCUCCUCUCCUACGCCUUCAUUGUGUCUACCAUCUUGAGGAUCCCAUCAGCUGAGGGCCAGCACAAAGCCUUCUCCACAUGUGCGUCCCACCUCACGGUGGUGGUUGUGCACUAUGGCUUUGCCUCUGUCAUCUACCUCAAGCCCAAGGGCCCUCAGUCUCUGGAAGGAGACACCUUGAUGGGCAUCACCUACACGGUCCUCACACCCUUCCUCAGCCCCAUCAUCUUCAGCCUCAGGAACAAGGAGCUGAAGGUAGCUAUGAAGAAGACCUUCCUCAGCAAACUUUCUCUCCAGAACUCUUGAAGAAGUUGACUUUCUGACAGGGAUUGUGUUGAAGACAAGUUCACUCUUUCAUCUUUCUUCCUCACUUUGUCCUGUCUGUCUGUCUGGCUCUGUUUCUCUCUUUGUCUCUGUCUCUCUAUCUCUCUGUCUGUCCCCCCUCUCUGUCUCUUUCUCUGCCUAUUCCUGCCUUCUUCCUUUCUUCCUUGUUAAUAGGCUACUCAUCACUCAAACUUUUGAGUAUUUAUCAUUCACUUAGUAUGAUCUUUUCUGAAUCUUUAUUGAGAUACAAUUCA